AUGUAUAUUAAUCCUAAAAAGAAGGUUCUCUCAAAAUGGUGUGCCAACCAUGGUGUGAGUCCAAACACUUCUUCCUCUAUGGUAGUUAACACUACCACUACUGCUGUGGGUAAUAUCAAGAUUGAAGAUACUACCACUAAUCCUUGUACAAUUUCCAACUAUUCAAUGUAUUCUCCAACUGCUCCUCACCUUUCCCUUCCUUCCCAAUCACACAUUGACAAUAUUUCAGAUUCUUGGAAAGUUGUUCAACGUGAUGAAGAUUAUUUCAAGAGAAAUAACUGUAGAUUAAGUACUUCCAUAUCAUUGACUUAUUCAAGAGAAGACAGUUCCUGUCUUGAACCACUUGAAAGCGGUAAUAUCGUCUUGUAUUCCUCCCUAAGAUAUCUUCUCAAACAUGAUUUCAAGUUGACCUCCUCAACCAAUGUUAACCUUCCACAAAUUUUGUUCAUGAGAGUUGACCUUAUUGGUGGUACCAUCAAGGAAAAGAUUAAUGGUGUCAUUUCCCAUAGUUCUGAAUUGUCUAAUACCUACCAAAAGGUUUUCAAAGCUGACUCUCGUCUCCAAAUUGAAAAGGUUCAAUCCUAUAAGCAAGCUGUUCACUUUAAGCUUAGUCUCUUUGAUUUGUCUGACUUGGAACAUGCUAUUUGUGUUUUAGACAGUGUCUCUUUCAAUGUAUUUGCUAGAAAGAAACAAGAUGGUUCCGUUUCUCCAAAGACCAAGAAGACUAAGAACAGUGCUACAAAGAGAAGUUUGUCUGCAACUGAUGACAAUAUCAAGUCAUCAAAACAACCAAAGGUAGAAGAUGCCUUUUGUAACAAUAUUUCCAAUACUUUUUCCUAUGCUCAAUCAAUUAAUGUUACCCCUAGUAGUGUUAAUAAUGAUAUGCAUCUCUCAGAUGGUUCUCUUUCCCUUCUUGCUAACGUUCUUACUAAUCCAUCUAACUAUUUAGAUGAUGAUGAAGAACCAGAACACAACCUUGAAAUUGAUGAUGGAGAACCAGUCAACUGUGAUAAUCAACUCCUCUGUACAUAUGAACACCAAUUGAAAGAAUUGAUUUCCCAUAUUUCAUAUCUUUCUAGUGAAGAAAGAGCUAUUGCUCUUCAAUCUGCUAUUGUUGCCUUGAGAUAG